AUGGGCUUUGAGAAAGCAAAUAACAGGGGACUGCUUUUUCCUCCUGAACGAAUCGCAGGCCUGUCCCAUAUCCCCGCGGGGUGCAAGAGUCGGCAAAGGGGCAGGCGGGGGUUGGGGGGCGCGUUCCCCGCGAGAGACGUGGCCGGGAGCAGUGAGAAGGCGCCAGACUCCAGGCGAGGCGUCGUGGUAAACGCGAACUCUGGAUUCCGGGCCUCCUUAACUCGCGCCCCUCCCCUCUCCUCCCUUCGUUGCACCCCUUCACUUCCACCCCCCACCCCUUUAGCUGAAUUGCGUUCGUCUAGAGAACUCAGUGUUCCUACAGAGCAAGCCCCAGAGGUUUUGAAGCAAUUUGCCACAUCAAAGAGCGAGAUAGAAGUGAGGUAUGGAGUCAUGGCAACAUUGGACUUAGAGCAGCUAGUGAGGGGUGAGCUUCUGGAUAAUUGGCCAGGAUAUGAUUUGGAUUUAUUCACAUACCCGCAGCACUAUUAUGGUGAUCUGGAGUGUGUGUUCACCCCCACCCCCCAUGGUAUCAGAGUGGACAGAAUUGAGUGGCUGGCUAAGGAUGUAAUCAAAGACAUAGGCUACCAUGAUAUUCUUUUCUGUGCUGAUCUUGUAGAACACCUCAAGAACAUCAGCUGGAAUUCAGAUCGAUUUGUCUCUAUGAAGGCUGACUUCAUCAGAAUAAAAACUUACAAGAAUGAUUGGUCCAUGGGUGAGAUGCAGAUCAUUGGAGGCGAGGAUCUUUCACUGCUGGCUAGAAAGAAUGUCCUCAUUGUUGAGGAUGUUGUUGGGACUGGGAGGACCAUGCAAGCCCUGCUCAGCAGCAUUGGGAAAUAUAAACUCAACAUGGUAAAGGUAGCCAGCUUAUUGGUGAAGAGGACAGCCAGGAGCGACAGCUUUAGACCUGACUAUGCUGGAUUUGAGGUCCCAGAUGUCUUUGUGAUGGGCUAUGCCUUAGACUACAGUGAGUACUUAUGAGACCUUAAUCACAUUUGUGUGAUCAACGAACACGGUAAAGAAAAAUAUCAAAUAUGA